AUGGCACCUAUCACAGAGCUCUCUAUCAGAGAUCAUGGUGAUGAUAAUGAUGAAGUAUGGAUCACGCACUAUUCAUCCAAUCAUCAGAUACUUCUCGUGGGCGAAGGAGAUUUCUCAUUCUCCUGCAGCUUAGCCACUCGCUUUGGCUCUGCUUCCAAUAUCGUCGCUUCCUCUCUCGACUCAAACGCAGAUGAUGUGGUUAGAAAGUAUAAGAAGGCAAGGUCAAACCUUGAAGCUUUGAAGAGACUUGGAGCUUCCCUUUUACAUGGAGUUGAUGCAACCAAACUCCAUCUACAUCCUCAUCUUAACUGCAGAAAAUUUGACCGUAUCAUCUUCAACUUCCCCCACGCCGGUUUCCACGGCAAAGAGACUGACUCAUCUCUUAUAAAGAAGCAUAGAGAACUGGUGUUUGGAUUUCUCCAUGGUGCAAGCCAUAUGGUCCGGGCUACUACUGGAGAAGUUCACGUCUCUCACAAGAACAAAGCACCUUUCUCUCACUGGAAGCUUGAGGAGCUCGCUAGCAAAUGCUCUCUUGCGUUGACACAGUGCGUGGUGUUCAAGAAGAGCCAGUACCCUGGUUACGAGAAUAAGAGAGGAGAUGGGUCUAGAUGUGACAUGCCUUUCCUUUUGGGAGAGUGUAGUACUUUCAAGUUCAGAGUCUCUCGCGUGGCUAAAGAGAUUUAUGCUGAGAAGGUGAAAGGGAGAGAGAUGAAGGAACGUGAAUCAAAGUGCUCCCAAGCACAAAAACAGUUACAAGUUGUUAGCCAAAGACCAGUACUUACAUUUGGACCUCUCAGCUAUAACCUUACGCAAGUGCCUGAUCCUUUGGUUCAAUCAAGACAAAGAGCAUUGCCAUUGAAUCCUCGUGAACAUAGAUGUUCUUCACAUAUUGAAGAUACUAUUGCUAACCAUGCCCGGUUUCAAGAAAAAUCAGUGCAGCUGGACCCGCUCAGAUACAUUGGAAGAAGCUCUCAUGACUUUCCUUUUCAAACUAGUCACCAUCCUCAAGAAGAAAGAUUCUUCCUUGAUUGCUCAAGCCGCUUUGGUGGAGUUCCGCUUGAUAUUCAUAUCAAGAGAAUGCAGAGUACGUUAACACAGACGAGCUUUCCUCAUCAGUACACUGGAGAAUCACAAGAAAGAUACCGUCAAGAACCAUUCUUCCAGCGCUCUAACCGUUUCAAUGGAUUUUCUCAUGCAAUUUAUAACGAGGAAGGACAAAACUCAAUGUUAACAAGUGCCAGCUUUCCUCAUCCAUACACUGGAGAAUCACAAGAAGGAAGCUUGACUAGACAAAGCAUGAACCUUAACCUUUACCCUCCACGGCUCUGGUAA